GGGAGUUCACGGUGAAAGGACCACAACAACCAAUUGUUGCCUUGGUGGGCAGAGAAGUCACACUCCCUUGUUAUCUCCACCCCCAGUGGGAUGCUACACAUAUGGAAGUGGUAUGGUUUCAUGGCCAUAAAUCAAGUCUGGUACAUCACUACAAAUAUGCACAAGAUUAUUUGAAAUACCAGCAUCAGGACUAUCAAGGGAGGACAGAAUUUCUUCGACAGAACAUUUCCCGUGGCAGUGUGGCCUUGAGGCUCCAUCAAGUCCGUUCCUCCGAUGAGGGGAAGUACCGGUGUUUCUUUGAAAGUCCAUCACAUUAUCAUGAAGCAGAUUUCCAAGUGAUUGUGACAGCCACAGGCUCUGUCCCUCACAUAUACAUUGAUGGCGUUGAAAAUGAAUGGUUCCGGCUAGUGUGUACAUCGUCCGGAUGGUACCCAGAACCUGAAGUGCAAUGGAAGAAUCAGCAGGAGGAGCCAUUGUCAGGAGGCAGCGUAAUCACAAAGAAAGUGAAUGGGCUUUUCUCUGUUGAAACCUCAAUUACAGUGUCUGCCAAUUCCAAAAAGAACGUUUCUUGUGUCAUUGGAAGCCCUCAUCUAAGCCAAAAGAUGGAAGCGAGUAUUUCUUGGGCAG